AUUCACUAUUCGUCAGAUAUAUCGUGUCUUGGAAGGCGUUUAGAUCGGAUUUUGAUUAGGACCAUCUAUAAUUGCUUGAUGUUGAAAUUUAAAUCUGCUUCUAGUGAAAUUCGGAAAUAUGGUAUCAAAUAAAGUACCACCUGAUGGUGGCUAUGGGUGGGUGAUUGUAAUCGGUUGUGCUAUAAUAAAUGUUUUCAACCAAUCUCUUAUAUCAGUGUUUGGUUUGAUGUUUGGCGAUUAUUUAACGGAUAUGGGUGAGAAUGCGUUCGGAGCAGCACUUGUCAUGAACGUGUGCAAUAUUUCCCUCAACUUUUCAGGUCUUAUAACGGGACCAAUAAUUAAAAAAAUGAAAACUAGGAAGGCUUCCAUUCUGGGUAGUUUGUUGACAGGAGCAGCUCUAACGACAUGCGCAUACGCAACGCAAAUGUGGCAAAUCCUACUUUCAUACAGCGUAGCUUUUGGAUUUGGCUUGGGUUUGAUACAAUCAUCCACUUUUGUGGCACUCAACUCUUAUUUUCGUAACAAUAAAGGAAAAGCGGUUGGACUUGCUCUUGCUGGAACCGGGAUAGGCCAAAUUUUAAUGCCACUUAUAGUACAGUAUUUGCUUGAUAUUUUCAGUUUUAGAGGAACAACCCUGAUCAUCGGUGGAUUAGCUUUCAAUGGGGUGGUUGGUGCGGCUCUCUUACAACCUGUUGAGUGGCACAUGAGAGUUCAGCUUGUUGAAGAAUCCGCAGAUGAACGAAUACCGCUUUUAGACCAUGAUAAAACUUCUUCAACUACGUCGAAAAAAUCAGAUAGUGGAUGGUCAAAGCUUGCUGCAUUGAUGGACAUCGCGAUAUUAAAACGAGUAUCGUUUCUAAAUUUGAUAAUAGGGUUAGGCUUGGCAUAUACUGCGUCAACAAGUUUUUCGCUGUUCUUUCCAUAUUUUCUACAGAAAACAGCCAAUCUGGAUAUGUUUCAAGCUGCGAACUGCAUGUCUAUUUUAUCAACAACAGAUCUGCUCACUAGAAUCACAGUGCCUGCUUUUGUCGACAAGAUGAAAUUCUCCCAUCGAAAUACUUUCCUCAUGGCUGGUUUGUGUCUAGUCAUUGCCCGAUCCGUCAUGGCAGAGAUGAGAAAUAUCGUGGCGCUGAUGGUAACGUCUGCUUUCUACGGGAUUUUCCGCUCAAUAACAAUUGUGAAUCAAAAUCUUACCAUCGCUGAAUAUUGCAGCGAAAAAGGUCUUGAAUCGAUGCUGCCAAAUGCCUUGGGAUUCAAUAUGAUUGCGAAAGGUAUAUUAGUGUUAAGUUUGGGACAACUACUUGGAUGGUUUGUGGACUAUACUGGUAGCUAUUCUUUAAAUCUGCAUGCUCAGAAUUUAUUACUUGUUUCGACGUGUGUUUUAUGGUUGUGUGAGUUAUAUUUUAAGUACAAAGAUUAAUAUACAUUUUAAAAAAAAGUUCAAAAU